AGACAAGAACACCUUCUUGGUAAGUUCUUCACAUUUUGGUGAGAAGUACCCAGGACAACCUUUUGCUAGCACUGUUAUCAUAUAUUAGCGCUAUUGCACUCCGUGUGUUUAUCAACAGCAAUGCCAAAUCUGUUAUAUCUCUCACCUUAUUAAAUAUGUUCAACUUUGUGAAACUGUCUCAGUGAACGUCCUCAACGAGGCUCUGAAACAGGCAAAUGUUUGGCUCUGAUAAGUCCCCUUUAAUGUGACAGGCUGCCAGGACCUGAUGUCUCUUGGCCCAAAGGACGGGCUUUGUUUUGGAGCUCAGACACAGGAAUGCAAGCCAGAGCCCUGAUCUCUCCAGGCAAUCACAGGAUAUAAAGUGCUGCCUGAAAGCAAGCUCCAGAGAGCCACGGUAACCUCCAGGAACGCUCUGAGUGUAGGAAGAGUAGCACAGCCAAAGACGACAUGAGGAGUCUGCUGGCACUGCUCGUCUUGACUCUGACCCUGGCAACGCUGUGCUGCUGUGAGAAAGAUCCUGAAGACCCCUCAGGACCUCCCAGUGCUGCCAGCAUCAAGAUUAAAAAGGAAGUUGCCAAUGCCUUUGUGAAGAGGCAGAAGAGAUCUGACUUUUACGAACGGUACUUUAUGCAUUACAAAACCCCAAUGGAGCAGAUGCACGAGCGUUGUGAAAGCUACCCUCCUUGUGAUUAUCUGUCUGACCAAAUAGGAUUUUUCAUGGCCUACAACCGUUUCUUUGGGAGAUACUAAGGAUGGGAUGAUCACUGUUCAUCUGGCUUAGAACCACUCUGAACCUGUCAGCAGAAAGGUUGUGGGUGGGAAGGAGGGAAGAUAGAAAAAACAAGGCAAUAGUUAUCCCAGUUCUCUAGAUUGCAUUAGCUUUCUUGCUUUCAUCAAAAAUGUUUCUAUUCAGUUGUUUUCUUUCAUGGUAUUUUCACUGUUACCAGAAAUGGUUGAGAAGACUGUCUUACCUGUUUCCCUUGUAAAUGCUAUUACAUAGCCAGAAAUAGUGUCUCAGUACGCUCUUCUGAUUAUUCUGUCACAAAAUCUGGCUGUAUAUCGUCAGUGUUUAAAUCUGAAAAAGUGUGUUUGAGGAAUCCUUUUAGAUGAGCCCUUCCAUUUGUAUGCUACAAUCGAUGGCUGUGAAAAGUGAAUUGGAAAUCACUUCUUGUUUUUGCUACAAUUGAUUUCUGGUGAAACUGAAUAUACUCAAGCAGAAACAACAAAUCUGUUCCUCUGAUGCUUUAGCAUUGAUGCUUGAAUCUAAAUGUGUUAAAAGAGCUCUCAAAAGAAACAAAUAAACAACAAAAAAUAAACUUCAUGAAAUAAAAAUAAAGCAUUUCAAUAGUGGAUUGAAGUUGGCCCAACAUUUUGUUUAUUCAAGGCAGCUUGGCUCUUUCUCUGAUGUAUAUACAUAUAUAACAUAUACAUGUGCAUAUAUAUAUACUGUCUUCCCUCUGCACUACUUCAUUCUGUCUUGUCUCCCUGUAUGAAUAUUACAUGUUAGCAACUUUCUGCACAGCCUCUCUUGACAUGGUCUGUCAUCUUGCAUUCCCUGAGAGGUAGAUGGCAGAUCCCAUCUCCAACAAUAGGGACUGCUGAGCCACAAGAGACUAAGGGAGACCAAAUCUCUCUGUUUCCACGUAAGCUGGUGCAGCCAUUCCCAGCUUCCUAUUGCAAUAAAUACUGCUUGCAUAAAA